GUGGCUGUACCGGUGGUGGAGAUGCUGAGAGUAGCGGCAGUGGUGAUAGUGGUGAGGACAGCUGCAGUUCUUUAGUGUCUGUGCUCGUGUAGUGGUGAUGUGGAACUGAGUAACUGCCUGGCCAGAGUGAUGACGUCACCGCCCACCAAUCAGCAGCGGCCCAACGUGAUGACAUCACUUGCGUUGCUGCUCCCAUUGGUCUGCCUCCUGCUGAUCCCUGCUGCGGCCCAGGAUGAACAACGACAAGCGGAACAUGAUGGGCAAGCACAGGCAGGACAGGAUGGACAAGUAGUUCAUACCCCCUCCCAGGAUGGACAAGGACACGUAGCACAGGAUGGACAACAACAACAACAAGCAGUCCAUACCACGUCUCAGGAUGAACAGCAGCAACAAGAACAUCAGGUCCCCGUCGCUUCCCAGGAUGGACAAGGUCAGGCUGGAGGACAGGAUGGACAGCAGCAGCAGCAAAAACAGGACAUACCACCAAGCCUGAGGGACUGGGUGCUAAGGAGCCACCCCCGCGCGCCACACACGGGAGACCAUGGGGUGUCUGGCGGGGAGCGGGACUUCCUCACUUUUAUUUCUCACGACUUCGAUGACGACUACCACUUGGACGGCACCGAGCUGUUCCAGGCAUUUGGCGAAGCUGGUGAGGGCGUGUGGAGGGCGGUGCGUGAGGUGGAGUCGCUGGUGGACCUCCUCCUCCACCACUACGAUAGAGACACGGACGGGAAGCUGUCCUACCUCGAGUUUUCCAAGUCCUCCCUGCCUCCCAGCCGAGCCUUUGUCUGAUUCUCUCCUGUCUGUCUGUCUGUCUGUCUCUCUCUCUCUCUCUCUCUCUCUCUCUGGCCAGUAUUCAGAAACGGUUUGCUCUCUCUCCACGACUAUUUUCAAAGGCCACUGUGAUGACCUGCCGUGUUUUCAAGAGUGUUUCCUCUGUUCACAAUAUAGAAAUGUUGUUGAUGUCACUAGAAACGUAGAAAUACUCUUAAAAUCCCGUGUCACUUCGACUACAGUAAAGCUUUUGAAUGUAGUGGAGGUGCGGCGCAGAGGUGUUUCAGAAUAUGGUCCUCUGUCUCUCCUUCUUCCCUACACCGCCCACCCUUUCUCUCUUUCUCUCUCUCUCUCUCUCUCUCUCUCUCUCUCUCUCUCUCUCUCUCUCUCUCUCUCUCUCUCUCUCUCUCUCUUGCCUUUCGUUUUUUCGUUUCUUUCUUUCCCUGCCUUUAUCUCAAAUUUCUGUCUCCUUCUAUCUCUACGCUUACACACACACACACACACGCACACACACACAGUAACCAGUAUAACAUUUUUUCUUUUUCUUCUUUUUUUCGUUAGUGCAAAUACCGCGUAAUGUGAAUAAUCUGUCUGUAUUUAACGUUAAGGUGACAAUGAUGAAUAAAGUGAAGAUAACG